GCCUUGUCGGGAGAUUCUACCGACUGCAAUUGCAGCAAGACGAGCUGGUCCUCUUCUCAAGGCGGAUCACGAAGCGAGACGGCUCAGAUCCGAGCACGAUCAGCUGGCAGAUCAGCUGGAUGUAGUGUGACCGGCGCGUCCUGGCGCAUUGAUGUGCUUGCUGCAGCCUGUGGCAAAUCCGGUACGGCAGCUUUUCGGAGCCGGACGCCUCGCUUCCAAGCCCGCCGUGACACUUCACAGGCUGCUCGGACCCCGUUGCGGGAAGUCAACAUCAAUGCACGAUGCGAGGCCCUCUACCUGGAAGGACGCUGUCGGCAGCUGAGGCACGAGCAAAGAACCACUGGAAAAGAGCAGACCCCGCCGCAGCCAAUGAGCAGGGAACCUGAGCAAAAGGCAAAGCCUUCGAAGGCUUGGGCUGAGGAGGUGCUCCGCCGCCACCAGCAAAAGCUGCGCCAGCGCGAGGAAGAGCGACGCUGCAAGGCAGAAAGGCGCGAAGAGGAGGACCUGAAGGAGUGUUCUUUCGCACCCAAGCUCGUGUCACGCAAUCAUCUUCAACUGCAAGUGAACAAGGCACGACGACAUCUGCAAAACUUGGCCGAGCAGCAGCAAGCCGUACUACUUCGUCUUGAUGUUCUGCAAGAUGGAGAUGGGAAGGUUUGCGUGGCAUCACGCCUGCAGUGGCCUUCAGCCUCUACGAAGCAGAGCAGAUCUCUGCUGCUUGAGGAGCUAGCCAGGAUAGAUGAUGAAGCCCAUUGCAUCAUCCGCGGUCUUGUGGAGUUGGGUGUUCCGAAGGUUCUUGAGGAACCAGAUCCUAGUACAAUUUGCUCAGAAUAUGAUUCCGGUCUCCUUCGCCGGAUGCAGAUGGAAGAUGCGUGGGGCUUCAAGGAGCUGACACCAAUUCGAACUGCAGGUCCACUCCCUCCGGCUCCUAGCUGGUCGCAUGGGGAAAUUCGGGACAGUUUGCACCCUGUACAUUCAAUAAGUUGA